AUGGGUCUGGUCAAGCUUCGUCGAUUUUUUUGCAGCGCUUUCCUACGGAACUCUGGCCGUGAUGAUGAAGAAGAAGAUCUUUUCCACGUCAAAGUCGCAGUGCCUCGAGCAACUGACCAUCACCAGAUCCACAGAUACAUAGCGGUUAGUCUCGAUCCAGAAUCAGCCUCGACUAUCGCGGAAUUUAUUUCUCGGCGUCUAAGGACGAUUAAGGACCCUGUCGAAAUACUGGAAACCCUUUUGCUCACUCACAGAAUCAUUGGUGCUGAUACACAAUUCCAUACGGAAUUCGCUUUCGAUCGUCACAAACUGGGUAUUUGCCGGUUCAUGAAGGGCAAGGACCCAUUCUCUGUUUUUCUACAGAAUUAUGCAGCCUAUCUCCAACAAAGAACUGAAUGGUUCGUGAAUCCAUCAGACCGUAGGCUCAAACCCGUCGUCAAUCGUUCAGAACGUAGGCGCGAAACGAUCGUGUCCGGUUCGGUGUUCGACCUCCUGCCCAAGUGCCAAAAUUUCAUCGAAAAGGUGUUGAAUUUUGAUCCGGGUAGUGUCGAGUCUAUAGAUAAGUAUCUCGUCCAAGAAGUUCUCCACACCGUCUUGGAAGAGAGUUUCCAGGUUUACGGCUUGUAUUCUGACCAGAUAAAGAAGGUGAAGCAGCUCAUCACGUUCUUUGAUCGAUCGACGCCCGAAGGAGCUAGGGUUUGCGCGAUGUUGAGAAAAGCCGAUGAACAGAGACAAGAUCUCCGCAUAUUCUACGAGAAGUGCAGAGAAUGCCUUAGAGAUGAAAACUUGAAGUAUCCAUCUAUGGAAACCCUUAUCAUGGAAUGUAUUGCAGCAGUGGAGAAAUCGACAAGCGUUGCUGCUGCUACUAGUACUCCUUUUACGGCGAGCUAUCAGAAAUUCUCAAGUAGAAUGCCUUGUUAG